CCGACACCACCACCAAGGCUGUAACUGACUGACUAUUAAAAAGAGUAAUGGUACUUUUAAGAUUUGUGUGUGUGAUUAUUGAUUGAUCCAGUAGUAGUAGAUUGAUUGAAGAUGAGUAUGUACGGUAGGGAUCCGUGGGGUGGCCCGCUCGAGAUCCAUGCCACCGAUUCCGCGACGGACGAUGACCGGAGCCGCAAUCUUCAGGAAUUGGACAGAGCUGCCCUCGACGAGACUCAGCAGAGCUGGCUCCUCGGUGCCGGCGAGCAGAAGAACAAGAAGAAGAAGAAAUACGUAGAUCUCGGCUGCAUCAUUGUCAGCCGCAAAAUCUUUCUCUGGACCGUCGGCACCCUCGUCGCCUGUGCCUUAUUAGCUGGUCUCAUCACGCUCAUCGUCAAAACCGUACCCCGCCACCACCACAAACAGGGCCCACCCGAUAACUACACUCUCGCCCUCCACAAGGCCCUCCUUUUCUUCAAUGCCCAAAAAUCAGGAAAACUACCUCGGCAUAACAAUGUUUCGUGGAGAGGUAACUCAUGUCUUCAAGAUGGCAAAACUGGCGCUACCUCGAGUGUGAUUAAGGAUCUGGUCGGUGGCUAUUACGAUGCUGGAGAUGCAAUCAAGUUCAACUUCCCCGCUUCAUUUGCCAUGACCAUGUUGAGUUGGAGUGUCAUCGAAUACAGUGCGAAGUAUGAAGCUGCAGGGGAGCUUGCCCAUGUCAAGGACAUUAUCAAAUGGGGAACGGAUUAUCUUCUCAAGACAUUCAACAAUUCUGCUGAUACGAUUAACACGCUUGCUGCGCAGGUUGGAUCUGGUGAUACUUCUGGAGGGAGCACGACCCACAAUGACCAUUACUGCUGGAUGCGUCCUGAGGAUAUCGAUUAUCAACGCACCGUUAGUGAAUGUCACGGUUGCUCCGAUCUUGCUGCUGAAAUGGCUGCUGCUUUGGCUGCCGCUUCCAUUGUCUUCAAAGACAACAGAGCCUAUUCGCAGAAACUUGUUCAUGGUGCUACCACGCUCUUUAAGUUCUCCAGGAAUCAGAGAGGCAGGUACAGUGCCACUGGUUCCGAUGCUGCUAAAUUCUACAAUUCAACUAGCUAUUGGGAUGAGUUCGUUUGGGGUGGGGCUUGGAUGUAUUAUGCCACUGGAAAUUCAUCCUACCUUAAGCUUGCCACUACUCCUGGCAUCGCCAAGCAUGCUGGUGCCUUCUGGGGAGGCCCUGACUAUGGUGUGCUCAGCUGGGAUAACAAGCUUGCUGGUGCUCAGGUUCUUCUGAGUCGUUUGAGGUUGUUCCUGAGUCCUGGUUAUCCAUAUGAAGAAAUUUUAAGCACAUUUCACAAUCAGACCGGCAUAAUCAUGUGCUCCUACCUGCCAAUUUUCACAAGCUUUAAUAGAACGAAGGGGGGCUUGAUUCAAUUAAACCAUGGUAGGCCUCAGCCUCUCCAAUAUGUUGUCAAUGCAGCCUUUCUGGCUGCCCUAUACAGUGAUUAUCUCGAUGCUGCUGAUACACCUGGAUGGUAUUGUGGACCCAAUUUCUAUUCCACUAAUGUUCUUCGAGACUUUGCCAAGACCCAGAUGGAUUACAUCCUUGGGAAGAACCCGAGGAAAAUGAGCUAUGUUGUAGGUUUUGGUAAUCAUUAUCCAAAACACGUUCACCAUAGGGGUGCAUCUAUACCAAAGAACAAGAUUAAGUACAAUUGUGUAGGAGGAUGGAAAUGGAGGGACACACCGAAGCCAAAUCCUAAUACAAUUGUUGGAGCUAUGGUUGCUGGUCCUGACAAGCAUGAUGGUUUCCAUGAUGUCCGAACUAACUACAACUACACAGAGCCAACUAUUGCUGGAAAUGCAGGUUUAGUAGCAGCACUUGUGGCAUUGUCAGGUGAUAAAAGCACAGGGAUUGACAAAAAUACCAUUUUCUCUGCUGUCCCCCCAAUGUUUCCUACAGCACCACCACCUCCAGCUCCAUGGAAACCAUAAGGUGUUAUGCCAUUCGUUAUCCCUUUCCACCAAGUACCUCAAGUGACUUGAGUGUAUUGAUAAUUUUGAAGAUCGGGGUACUUCAAAGCCAAGGGUGGACAUGAACAAAUGGAAGUAAUGGAACAAUCUUUGAUUCAAGAUUAGUACUGAGAAUUGAUAGUGGUACUUGAGACUGUCUGUCUAAAAGUUUUUGUUUUUUUUGUGAUAUACAUAGUAUAUUUGUAUUUAAUCUUGAAUUCGUUAAAUGAACAGCAUCUAUGUUUGACAGUUUCAUCUAAUGUUUUACAGCUAC